UUUGUAGUUGUUCAUCUGGAUUUAGAGGAGAACACAGAAUUGUACAUAUCGACUACAUCGUACAAUUUACUCCCAGACUCAAAAAAUUACACUUCACCUUGACCAAGUCCACCAUCAACCACCAACGCCCCCAUUAAUCCCAACUAUUACAACACAAAUCAAAAAUAAAACGAAAUAAUGGAACUCAAAGCCAUCGCAAUCCUCGGCCCUGGAGGCCCCCUCGGCACCGCCAUCCUCCACGAACUCCUCCAACAACCCUCCCCCACCCCCUUCAAAACCAUAACCCUCAUCACCCGCCCAACCUCCUCCUACACCCCUCCCCCUCCCCCCUCCACCUGCACUACAACUCUCCUCCACAAACACGCAGACUACACCUCCCCUACCUCCCUCCUCACCGCCUUCUCGGGUCAAGACGCAAUCGUAAACUGUAUCACCGGCAGCGCAACUCAGUAUGCUGCUUACCGCCUUAUCAUCGAUGCUGCAUUAGCGGCUGGCGUGAAGUUGUUUUUCGCAAACGAGUUUGUGAGUAAUGUGCAGAGUCCAAGGUACACGCGUUUGCCAGAGGGAUUUGUAGGAGCGAAAGCGCGGAUAAGGAAGGAAUUGGAGGAAAUAGGGAGGAAAGGAAAGAUGGGGUGGGUUGGGUUGAAUGGGGGCGCUUUUAUGGAUAUGUGGCUGACAAAAGGUCCCGCGGGCUUCUCCCUACCUACGUCUCACGCUCGCAUCUAUGGCACGGGUAACGUCCCGCUGUACUGGACUCCACUACCCGUUCUCGCCCGUGCAGCCGCACGCAUGCUGCGGGAUCCGGAGGCGGUAAUGAAUCGCGCCAUUCAUAUUUGUCCGUUUGUAGCGCGACCGGGUGAGCCCUCGUAUCUUACGCAGCGUGGAUUGCUGCGUGUGCUGGAAGAGGAGUUGGGCACCAAGUUUGAAGUCGAAGAGGUGGAUGUUGAGAGGAUUUUUCGGAAUGCAAUGAUGGUUUUGGGGAGGUAUGAGAGGGGUGAGCCUGGGGGAGAGGGGAUUGCGCAGGCAGUUAAGGGGUUGGCGGUUUGCAAUCAGUUUUAUGAGGAGGAAGUGGGUAGAGAGGAGUCGUUUAGCGACUUAGUUGAGAAUGAGACUGUGGGGGUUGAGAUGAUGGAUGUGAGAGAUGCGGUUAGGGAUGCUAUCAGUCGGUAUGGAAGGGAUUGUGCUGUUGUUGAGGGUAUGUUCAAAGUGGAAGCUUGUGAAGUUUAAGGAAUUUGAAAAACUUCCUUGGAAAGGCAUCAUAUCUCCUUCCAUAUCAUUAAUUGGAUGAAGAAGUAAUACGAUUCAGAGA